UGUCGUGGUUGAUCAUUGGUCAUCGGAGCGUGACCAAUGGGCCUCCUGCAUUAUCAGGAUCUACUGCUUCAUGCGUGAGUUCUCCAUUGAUUGGGGAGCCUACACGCCUUACUGAGGCUACUCUUACGAUGUCCCAGGCGCCCGUCUCAUCGACGCCAUUAAUGUCGGUUCAACCACUCAGUGCACGGCGGCCUCACCAGCCGCAAGCCGAAGCCUUCUGAUCACACUUCCUCAUCAUCCUAAUUAAGGGUGAGGCCUCCCAGCCAGCUAAAAAAAACACCAAAGGGCGUAGUCAAAUGCUGAAGCAGGCACAGAGAGUACGUCAGGCCGCCUCCAAGAUCAAGAAUGCGUAUGACCCGCGACAUUGUGGAGCGGCUACCUCACAGCAACAUAGCAUCAUCAUUAGUAGUUAUGGUGUUGUUAUUCGACAAAAUUGUCCUAUGAAGUGGGAGUCUUGGGCAGAAAUUCCCGAGGAGACGAAGAAACUGGUGCAAGACAAGUUGUCGGUCAUUGAUGAUCUUCAGGACAUAUCCCCCGAGGCCAUGGCCUACAUAGAAGAGACCUUAGCAACCCCGUACAAACAUUGGAAGAACAAUCUUCACACACAUUUUAAGCUAUGGGAUAAUUUGGAGAUUGCUCGUCUACAUGGUUGCCCAAUUGAGUUGCAGGACCGGCCAGAAGAAUGGGAGUGGCUCUGCAAACAUUUUACGAACCCAAAUUUUGUGAAGAAAUCUGUUGCUGGCAAGAAAGCUCGAGAGUCAAAGACACAUCUCCACCAUUCCGGUUCGAAGCCCUUUUCGUAUAGGCUUGAGGCACGAAGUUAGGUAAAAGUAUAUUAAUUUUGAAAAUUUAUAAUUUAUUUAUUAUUAUUGAUUAAUAAAAUUUUCUUAAUACUUUUUUCUUCAUGAGGGUUCUAAGUUCCCAAAGAUUGACCCGUUCAAGGACGUUUACGUUCGACCUGGUGAUGAGACAACUAAGCAGCUUCAUAUGCUAUGGUGGAAAAGCGCACUGCUGUUCUCCAAGAAGCAACAUCGCAACUUCCCGCGGAGACCUCGAUCGAGGAUGUCACGGUACCCGAGGAUGCAGGUUUUCAGAUCCUGACUGAUUUCCUGGAUCAGAACUUCGGUCGUCGUCAUGGCAAGGUUGUUCGGUGUAUGGGGAAAGUGCUGAUUCGUGAGAUGAGUGCCUCUUCUUCUAGAUCGAACACAUCAGAGGUCAAUGCAUUAAAGGAGGAAGUGACAACCCUAAAGGGUUAGCUUGCGGUCCAAGAUGAGGAGAUAAGGACCUAUGCCGUGCAGAUGAGAGACCUUGUACGAGCCAUACAGAUGUCCAGCCUCCAAAUCUCACUACCAGCACCUAAUCUUGCUCCACCUUUGAUGUCUGAGCCACUUCGUCUUGCCGAUACCCAGU